GUAGGCCGGAGUUUAAACUGUCCAAUUUGACAACUUCCGGUGUGAAAAAAACGUGCAAAUAUGAGUUUUGCAAAAUAUAAAGACAAAAUAGACGAUGGAGACACUGUCAUGCUAUAUCUUGGCUUUGAUAACAUGCACACAAUCGUUGUAAGGAAAAAUGACACAUUUCAAACGCGAUAUGGGGCUUUAAGACAUGUUGAUUUGAUAGGGGUUAGAUAUGGAAGUAAAGUUCAUUGUAAAAAAGGAUAUUUGUAUGUCCUUUACCCGACAGCAGAGUUUUGGACCACAAGUUUGCCUCAUAGAACACAAAUAUUGUAUUCAACAGACAUAAGUUUAAUAACUUUACAGCUUGAUCUCAAACCAGGGUCUGUGGUAGUAGAGUCUGGUA